GCACUGGCCCCGCCCCACUGGCGACGCUGUCGGAGCCAUUUCGCCGCCGCCUCCGAGCGAGCUGCGGUGUUUGCCCCGGGUCUCUCUGAGGAAGGCCGCGGUUGCGGACGGUCUUAAGAGGGCUGUGUUUUCUGGCACCAGGAAGAGAACGCGGUCUGAAGAAGACUCUUGAAUCAUGGGUGAUGUUAAGAAUUUUCUGUAUGCCUGGUGUGGCAAAAGGAAGAUGACCCCAUCCUAUGAAAUUAGAGCAGUGGGGAACAAAAACAGGCAAAAAUUCAUGUGUGAGGUUCGGGUGGAAGGUUAUAAUUACACUGGCAUGGGCAAUUCCACCAAUAAAAAAGAUGCACAAAGCAAUGCUGCCAGAGAUUUUGUUAACUAUUUGGUUCGGAUAAAUGAAGUAAAGAGUGAAGAAGUCCCAGCUGUUGGGGUAGCACCUCCCCCACCUCCACUUACUGAUACACCUGAUGCCACGGCAAAUGCGGGCGAAAGUUUACCAGCAACCAUGGGAGGACCUCUUCCUCCCCAUUUGGCUCUUAAGGCAGAAAAUAAUUCUGGAGUUGGGGCCUCUGGCUAUGGUCCUCCUGGGCCCACAUGGGAUCGAGGAGCCAACUUGAAAGACUAUUAUUCAAGAAAGGAAGAACAAGAAGUACAAGCGACUUUAGAGUCAGAAGAAGUGGAUUUAAAUGCUGGGCUUCAUGGAAACUGGACAUUGGAAAAUGCUAAGGCUCGCCUGAACCAGUAUUUCCAAAAAGAAAAGAUCCAAGGAGAAUAUAAGUACACCCAAGUGGGUCCUGAUCACAACAGGUGGAGGAGAAUGAGAUUGAGUGCUGACUUUAAGCCUGGCUGAGAAACAUACUGGCAUCGGUGUCAUUAAUGAAAGGGUGGAUGUUGUUCCCCUGAAAGCCAGUGGCCUUUGACCCCUGAAGCCGCUGUGCCUGAAGGAGCUUUAUUGCAGAAAUGACCAUUUAUAUCAAGCAGCUGGGCAGAAGGAUUUUCGCACGCGAACAUGGAUCAAAUAAAAAACUGGCAGCACAGUCCUGUGCCCUGUCACUUGUCAGACAACUCUACCAUCUCGGAGUAAUUGAAGCUUACUCUGGACUUACAAAGAAGAAAGAAGGAGAGACUGUGGAGCCUUACAAAGUUAACCUCUCACAAGAUUUAGAGCAUCAGCUGCAAAACGUCAUUCAGGAGCUAAAUCUUGAGAUCGUGCCCCCACCUGAGGAUCCUUUUCUGCCUGUUGUACUUAACCUUGGCAAAUUGGCUCACUUUGAGCCAUCUCAGCGACAAAACCAAAUUGGUGUGGUUCCUUGGUCACCUCCACAAUCCAACUGGAAUCCUUGGACUAGUAGCAACAUUGAUGAGGGGCCCCUGGCUUAUGCUACUCCAGAACAAAUUAGCAUGGACCUCAAGAAUGAGUUAAUGUACCAGCUGGAACAGGAUCAUGAUUUGCAAGCAAUCUUACAGGAGAGAGAGUUGCUGCCUGUGAAGAAAUUUGAAAGUGAAAUCCUGGAAGCAAUUAGUCAAAAUUCAGUUAUCAUUAUCCGAGGCGCUACUGGAUGUGGUAAAACUACACAGGUUCCACAGUUUAUUCUAGAUGACUUCAUCCAGAAUGACCGAGCAGCAGAGUGUAAUAUUGUAGUAACUCAGCCCAGGAGAAUAAGUGCAGUCUCCGUGGCUGAGCGAGUUGCAUAUGAGAGAGGAGAAGAGCCUGGGAAAAGCUGUGGCUACAGUGUUCGAUUUGAGUCCGUCCUUCCCCGCCCUCAUGCCAGCAUAAUGUUUUGUACUGUCGGUGUGCUCCUAAGAAAAUUAGAAGCAGGCAUUCGAGGAAUCAGUCAUGUAAUUGUAGAUGAAAUACACGAAAGAGACAUAAAUACUGACUUCCUUUUGGUAGUGUUGCGUGAUGUGGUUCAGGCUUAUCCUGAAGUUCGCAUUGUUCUCAUGUCUGCUACUAUUGACACCAGUAUGUUCUGUGAAUAUUUCUUCAAUUGCCCCAUCAUUGAAGUUUACGGAAGGACUUAUCCAGUUCAAGAAUAUUUUUUGGAAGACUGUAUUCAGAUGACCCACUUUGUUCCUCCACCAAAGGACAAGAAAAAGAAGGAGAAGGAUGAUGAUGGUUUUGAGGAUGAUGAUGCAAAUUGCAACCUUAUCUGUGGUGAUGAGUACGGUCCAGAAACCAGGAUGAGCAUGGCACAGUUGAAUGAAAAGGAAACCCCUUUUGAACUCAUCGAGGCUCUACUCAAGUACAUUGAGACCCUCAAUGUUCCCGGAGCAGUGUUGGUGUUUCUGCCUGGCUGGAAUUUGAUUUAUACUAUGCAGAAGCAUUUGGAGAUGAAUCCUCAUUUUGGAAGCCAUAGGUAUCAGAUUCUACCUCUGCAUUCUCAGAUUCCUCGAGAGGAACAGCGCAAAGUAUUUGAUCCUGUACCAAGUGGAGUGACCAAGGUUAUUUUGUCCACAAAUAUUGCCGAGACUAGCAUUACCAUAAAUGAUGUCGUUUAUGUCAUUGACUCCUGCAAGCAGAAAGUGAAGCUGUUCACUGCUCACAACAACAUGACCAACUAUGCUACAGUGUGGGCGUCCAAAACAAACCUUGAGCAGCGGAAAGGACGAGCUGGCCGCGUACGGCCUGGAUUCUGCUUUCACCUGUGUAGCCGAGCUCGUUUUGAGAGACUGGAAACCCACAUGACACCUGAGAUGUUCCGAACACCAUUGCAUGAAAUUGCUUUGAGCAUAAAACUUCUGCGUCUGGGAGGAAUUGGCCAAUUUCUGGCCAAGGCAAUUGAACCUCCGCCUUUGGAUGCUGUGAUCGAAGCAGAGCACACUCUUAGAGAGCUUGAUGCAUUAGAUGCCAAUGAUGAAUUGACUCCUCUGGGACGAAUCCUGGCUAAGCUCCCCAUUGAACCUCGUUUUGGCAAAAUGAUGAUAAUGGGAUGUAUUUUCUAUGUGGGAGAUGCCGUCUGUACCAUCUCUGCUGCCACCUGCUUUCCGGAGCCGUUCAUUAGUGAAGGAAAGCGACUGGGUUAUGUUCAUCGAAAUUUUGCCGGAAACAGAUUUUCUGAUCAUGUGGCUCUUUUAUCAGUAUUCCAAGCUUGGGAUGAUGCUAGAAUGGGUGGAGAAGAAGCAGAGAUACGUUUUUGUGAGCACAAAAGACUCAAUAUGGCUACACUAAGAAUGACUUGGGAAGCUAAAGUUCAGCUCAAAGAGAUUCUGAUUAAUUCUGGAUUUCCAGAAGAUUGCUUGCUGACACAAGUGUUCACUAACACCGGACCGGACAAUAAUUUGGAUGUUGUUAUCUCUCUCCUGGCUUUCGGGGUGUACCCUAAUGUGUGCUAUCAUAAGGAAAAGAGAAAGAUUCUCACCACUGAAGGGCGUAAUGCACUUAUCCACAAGUCGUCUGUUAACUGUCCUUUCAGUAGCCAAGACAUGAAGUACCCAUCUCCCUUCUUUGUAUUUGGUGAAAAGAUUCGAACCCGAGCCAUCUCUGCUAAAGGCAUGACCUUAGUCACCCCCCUGCAGUUGCUUCUCUUUGCCUCCAAGAAAGUCCAGUCUGAUGGGCAGAUUGUGCUUGUGGAUGACUGGAUCAGAUUGCAAAUAUCUCAUGAAGCUGCUGCCUGUAUCACUGCUCUCCGGGCAGCCAUGGAGGCUCUGGUUGUUGAAGUAACCAAACAACCUAAUAUCAUCAGCCAGUUGGACCCCGUUAAUGAGCAUAUGCUGAACAUGAUCCGCCAAAUCUCUAGGCCCUCAGCUGCUGGUAUCAACCUCAUGAUUGGCAGUACACGGUAUGGAGAUGGUCCACGUCCUCCCAAGAUGGCUCGAUAUGAUAAUGGAAGUGGAUAUAGAUGGGGAACUUCUGGUUAUGGUGGUGGAGGCUAUGGCAGCGGAGGCUACGGAGGUGGCGGAGGCUAUGGUGGUAGUGGAGGCUUCGGUGGCAGUGGCUAUGGUGGUGGUCCCAACUCCUUUCGGGCAGGCUUUGGCGGAGGCUAUAGAGGAGGUGCCCGAGGUGGCUUUAGAGGUGUCUCAGGAGGCGACUACAGAGGGGGUAGUGGAGGAGGCUUCAGAGGAUCUGGGGGAUUCCAGCAAGGGGGUAUGAGAGGGGGCUUUGGGGGAGGUUACUUUGGACAAGGAAGAGGAGGUGGUGGCUAUUAAAGCUUGAUUAUGUCAGUUCCUAUGCAUAGACAGUUAAAAAAAAAAAAAAAUUUGCAUGCUACCUAUUUUCCCCAAAUUGUUUAUUUGAUGCCAGUAAGUAAACCCAUUUUCCAUCCAUUUUGUGGUUCAUUGUAGUUUAAGGAAACCAAGCGUAUAGCUACAUUAGUGGUUUUGUUUAUAUUAUGUAAAAUAUGAUGACCUAUUAUAAAAGUACCACAGUUUGUAUUUUUUCUUUAAGGAGUAAAGAUUUGCCCUUAAAAUUAACUUGAUAUUUUCUUGGCUUUAGUUUACUACAAUAGAAAAUAAAGUAUUAUACCAAAUACUGGCCAUGUAGUUCGUUGUUGACCUUACAUGGUAGAGUAAUUUUACAAUGCCAGUUACAUCUAUUAGUUAGUUUUAAGCUUCACAGGAAAAAUUGUACUUUCAGUUUUCCAAAGUAUACCAAGUGAUAUUACUGCUUGUAGUAGUUAAAAUAAAUAGCCUUGAAAUGGAAUUGUUAUUCUUACAGCAAAUCCUGGCCAGUACACAAUUUCACAUGGACCUCUGCACUUGAAUAAAACUUUUGACCUACGGCUGAA